ACCUUAAAAAUCACAAUGGGGUCGAGGUUCAUCUUCUAUUUGAGUUCUUUUAUCGUCCCAGUAGAUGGCAGCAUUACAUCUUUUCUGGUGACGCUAAAGACGAUCGGUUGUUUUUGGCCGAGUAACGAAGAUCGGUCUUCGGAACAGAAAGCAGUCGGGUGUGUGUUACCACACGGAGCCAGAACGCCACUACAGUCAUGGUGGACCAACAAACGGUGUUGCAGUUUUUAGCUGAAGUGGAGGAAGUGGCGGAAGAAGUAUUGGCUGAUAAACAGCAGAUGAUCGAUUUGGAUAAAAAGAGGAAUCGCAACAGAGAGGCACUAAGAGUCCUGCAGAAUGACGGAGAAUCCAGUAAGGUAAAGAUGUGCUUUGGCAAUAUGUUUAUAAAAUUACCAAAAGAAAAGGCAAUUGAAAUGAUAAAGAAAGAUCAGCAGCAGCUUGAUCAAGAGAUAAAUACUUUGCAAAAUCAAUUGAAAUCAAAAGUAAACCACCUAAAUGAUUUACAAGGAAAACCAGAACUUAAAGGAUUUAAUCUCGUUCCACUAACAAAAGAUGAGAUGCAGGCUGUAGCAAAGGUGUUCCAAAGAAGUUCUUAAUUUUUUUAAGAACAGAUCUGCUUGAAGAAGAACAUUUGGGUGUGUUGCUCUACCUGAAUCUGCAAAAAAUAAGCAAAAUUUCAUGUCGGGACCCAGAAGAAAUCCAUGGUCUGAUGAAACUCUGCUAAUCAUCUUGCCAUUUUUUUACAUCUAACAAACAUACUGUAUGUCUCUGUAAAAGUGUAAUCAAUGGCAGCAGUACGCGUGUGCAUGUUUAUAGAAAUUGAAUCCUGAUUGUCUGCCAUUUAAACCCUGGGUCUUCCUGCAGUCACUGUCAAUUAUGUACUUAGUGUAAUCACAAUGUGUAUUGUUUAUUCUGCUAUUACAAUGCAAGUUUUAUAAAUGCUUUAAAUUAUUACCAUUGAAUAAUAAAACAAAUGACAGUGCAUGAACUUGGAUUCAUAAAUAUGCAUAGGCAUGUAUACUAUAUUUUUCAGAUUUCUUCUGGCUAGAGACUUUUUGUUUUACUUUCUUUUAGUCAUGUACUCUUCCAUCCUUGGAUAAACUGAAUAGCUGUUUCAGCUGCUUCUUCCUAUCAUUCACACAACCUGCAGCAUUUAGAGAAAAAUAAAAUAUAUCAGACGUUUAAUAACAAAAUAAAAUAAAGAUUGCCUUUAAUUAAGAACCUAAGAAUUAAAACAUCACUAUAGUCCUUUGCAAGCCUGCUUAAUCUGAUAUAGUCUGUAGAGGACUGGAGCCUGUUCCAGAUGCAUAGGGUACAUAUUAGGAAUCAGCCCAGUCACACAGACCCACUCAUGUAAUGGGGGACAAUUUGGAAUAGCAAAUGAACUUAACCUGCAUGUGUUUUGGGGAUGUAGGAGAAAAGCCACCAGGAGGCUUCAUCUGUAAAAGUGUCAGGACUAGCCAACGUGCUACCAUCCCACCCGGUUUCAGAAUAGAGAAAAUAUAAUAAUGUCCCUUAUUUGGUACAAUGAUUCAGAAUGUAAAAUCAUAAGCAAAGUGUUCUUUGUCACUUAGGAAAUUAAAAUUUUCAAUAAAAUAGACAUCAGCACUCUUGUUUAGAAAGACAUUGAACUGCACCUAUUGUGAUUUUUGUGACUGUAUUGCUUUACAAUUUUUUUUCCCUCCUCACACUUGAUUUUGGCAGGAAGCUGUCGUUAUCUCCACUACUUACCUAAGUGUGUGUUUGCCAAAAAACUUGAAUAUCCCAAAGGCACCAAGCUAGAAAUAUCUUUGUAGACUGGUCCAUUAUUCCAGAUCAGGUCAAACCCACCAACCUGCUUCUCUUUUCCGGUCAGCCUAAGAACUCAUAAUGAUACACAUAAUGGAAAUAAAAACACUGAGACAGAUGUUUUAACAGAAUAUUUUAAAGCAGUUAACAAGAUGUCUCAAUGUUGCCUUUAUUACUGCUCCUGGGAUACUAACUAAUGACCUUUGGGUUACAAAGACUUGCUCAGAAGCUUCACACCAUGCAGACCAAUAGAAGAACUUAUGUGGAUAUUUAGAGCUUCUAAGCAGCAGAUGGUGAGUUUGUGUGUGUGUGUGUGUGUGUGUAAUAUCAGGCUGUGCUCUCUGCGGUUACAUAAAGGUUGGUUUAAACAUUGGAA